AUGGCCGGCGUGCCUAGACACAUGGUCGACUUGCUCGACAGACUCCAUGCCGAGUCGUGGAACCAAGAAUCCAAGAUGACCAGAGAGGACUUCAAGGACCGCACAAUAGACGAGGUGAUGCGCGACAAGUACAUCGCCCUCGAUCAAGACAAGGCGCAGUAUGUGUACGCGCUGUGUCGCGCCACCGGCGCCAGAACCAUCGUCGAAGCCGGAACCUCGUUCGGCGUCAGCACCAUUUAUCUCGCUCUCGCCGCUGCUGCGAACGCCGCCGGCGGGGGGAAGCCUGCCAGGGUUAUUGCGACGGAGCACGAGCCGACCAAGGCGGCCACGGCCCGGGAGAACUGGCACCAGUGCGGCAAGGAGGUGGCUGAUGUCAUUGACCUUCGAGAGGGGGACUUGAGGGAGACGCUGAAAGACGAGGUCGACGACGUCGAUCUCUUGCUUCUGGACAUUUGGACGCCCAUGGCCCUGCCGACGCUGCAGGUUGUCCAGCCCAAGAUCCGGCCUGGGGCAGUUGUCAUCGCCGACAACACCAUGGGCUUCGGCGCCGGAUACAAGGACUUUUUGGAGUACAUGCGCGGCCCGGAAAGCCCAUUCAUCAGCCUGACCUUGCCGUACAAGAACGGGUUGGAAAUGAGCGUUUACGUGCCGAGGCGCUCGUAG